AAUAUUCAUAAGCUAAGCCGACGCGUAAUUUCGCCUCAUGUACCGAAAAAGAGUCUUUUCUUCAGUGAAGAGUGAGUUUCACGGGUUUGAUCGCAUCUACAUCCCACCUUUGUGUUCUUAAAGAGGUGUGCUCGUUUUUCCUGGAUGUGACCUACAUUAACAGCCUUAUUGUUUUUCUUUCAUGUUGCAAUCAUAUCAUAUUUUAAACUGAGGAUUUGUGAUUUCCGUCACAUUGUAUCGUCUUGAGCCGCAGCGGAUCUUUAAGACUAACUUGAAGUUGAUGAACCAAUGGAGCGGAUGAUUGAAGGCUAAAUUCACACAGAAUCAUUUGUAUGGUGGCCAGAUCUCAGAGCUGGUUCUGAUGGCGGACAAUGGUCCAUCUGGUCUGUUGGAGGCGUGUGUUGUUGUUGGAGUAUCAAACGAACGCUUGAAAGAAAUAUACCAGCUACAGGGUAAAGAGAAGGAGCUCCCCCUAGUGGACGCAGAGGUGUUGCAGGUUCACGCGCCACCGUUCGUUACGAAGGAGAGUUCCAGUUUCGAACAGGCUCACGCUCCGGCCUUCAGCAGAGUCCAGAAGAGACGCUCUUUUAAGAAGAAGAGAGAACGAGCAGCUUCGACCGCCAACGAUCCCGCCAAAACCAACGAAUCGGCAGUCGCCUACUCGGAGGACCUCAGCGUACCUCAAAACAUCGACCUCAUAGCGCUGCCCCAGCUCUGUUUCCCAGAUGGAUUGAGAAUUACCAGUGAGAGCAAAAAAGACGCCUAUCACUUCCUGGUGUUUACCGAUGUGUUUGGGAACCAAACGCACGGAGUGGUGGCUCAGUACUGCAAGUCCAUUCAGUACCAAGAUAAUGAGAUAUAUCAAAAUGGCAAUCGGUCAACCAAAUCUCAGCGCUUGUACACGCAAUACAGCAUAUGUGUAAUCUCCAAAUACCCGUAUUAUAACUCUCUCCGAGACUGCCUGUCCUGUUUCUUGCUCGAGUUGAAGACGAGCCGCAUGUCUGAAUUUGAAGAGCAGGUGAAGGAAUUCUCCGCCAAGCUGGCACUGGUACCCAUCCCUCCCCCUGGACCACUCCAUGUGGUGUUUAAUCUUAGACCUCUUCAGAUUGAACUUCCCUCCAGACUGGAGCCAGAUCGGACCGUGGUAGACCUCGAUCUUCACCUGCCCUUUCUGUGUUUCAAACCCAAACAGAUCCUGCAGAUCAUCAGCAGUAUCUUAAUGGAGCAGAGAAUUGUGUUUCUUUCCACCGAUUGGGCCAAGCUCACACUAGUGGCUGAAAGCUUCAUGAUCUACAUACAUCCACUGUGCUGGCAGCAUCCGUUUGUACCCGUCCUGUCUCGCCAAAUGCUGGACUUCAUCAUGGCGCCCACGGCCUACCUGAUGGGCUGCCACACGUACCACUUUGACGAGGUGGCCGAGGAGAUGGAUGAUCUGGUUCUUGUAGACAUCGAUGAAGGAACCGUGUCGUCUUCAGGUUCAGGCACACUGAAGCUUCCAGAGGUCCCACUGACAGCAAGAGAUUUCUUUAUAUACCGAGCAAAGGAACUCCAGCUGAACUAUGAUCUGGAUCUGUGUCACGUCGGCACAUGUACCGAUGUUAAUGAGCUGCGUGCUCACAGGAGGCAGUGGCAGCAGAAAAUCAACACUGUGAUCCUGAACGCCACCUUGGAGCUCAUCGUCAACAUCUUCAGGUCUGGACUCGGCAGAUGUAAAGAGGCCAUGUCAUAUAGAAAGCGUUUUAUCGCUUUAACAUUUCUUUUAUUAAUGUUAGUUUCUCAUGACGACUUUCCACCCUCUCUUUGACCCCAAGAAUUAAAC